CUGUCUCCGCCGGUGAGAUAGCAUGGAAGCGCAGGAGCCUCCCAGAGGGGCUUAGGGAUGGUGGGGGCGGCCCUGUGGCUGCCUGGCUGUCCUCCCCUCAUCUCGGGGAAAGACAUGAGCGCGUCCGGUCGCCGGCAUCUCAGGUCAGAGCUAUGGGUGAGCUGCUCCUGUUUGAAGGCCAGCGAGUUGUGGUUGGACCUGCCUAGCUGUGGAACAGAAAGAAAGGCUGAAUGGGAAGCCGGUAGGAGAACACUACUGAGAAAACUCCUUUGGUCUGUCUGACCUACUUGAGUGAGUGCUAUUAGUUGACAACGUCUUGGAAGGACAAAAGGAACUUUACCAUCUGUACUUUCUACCAAAGACCUGGGAAAACUUAACGGCCUCAGUCUUUCCUAAGUACUUGGAAAACGCUGACAAUUCCGGGUAAUGUGCUGACUGGCCAGUAUGGGCAGGCGAUACCCAGGGGCUCACUGCCAUCCGAGCAGCUCAUCUGAUCCCGGCGCAGACCCCUUGGCGGUGUUUAUGGCCAGCAGCAACACGACGGACGUUGUGAAUAGAAACAGCCCCGCCACGCCACCCAACACCCUUAAUCUCCGCUCCUCCCAUAACGAACUGUUGAAUGCCGAAAUAAAACACACCGAAAGCAAGAACGGCACCCCCCCGAAAUGCCGGAAAAAGUAUGCCCUGACUAACCUCCAGGCGGCCAUGGGGCUCUCGGAUCCCGCCGCCCAGCCCCUCCUGGGCAGCGGCUCGGCCAACAUCAAGCUGGUGAAGAACGGCGAGAACCAGCUCCGGAAGGCGGCCGAGCAGCAAGGGCCCCAGGACCCCAACAAAAAUGGCUCCCCCUCCGCCGUCAUCAACAUAACUUCUGAGAAGUUGGAGGGCAAAGAGCCCGGCCCCCGGGACUCCUCGGGCUGCGAGAUCCUCCCGGCGCGGCCCAGGAGGACCAAGAGCUUCCUCAAUUACUAUGCAGACCUGGAGACCUCCGCCCGCGAGCUGGAGCAGAGCCUGGGCAACGGCCACGCCGGGAGGGAGGAGAAAUCUGCCGGGAGCCCGGGCCAGGCCGCCCCCCUGAUCGCCAACGGGGACGCGCUGCCGCGGAAGCCGAACAAGCCCCAGUCCAGUCCCGAGGACGGCCAGGCGGCCGCCGUGUCCUCCAGCCCCGAGACCAAGAAGGAUCACCCCAAGACGGGGGCCAAGACUGACUGUGCCCUGCACCGGAUCCAGAACCUGGCCCCCAGCGACGAGGAGUCGAGCUGGACCACGCUGUCCCAGGACAGCGCUUCCCCCAGCUCCCCGGACGAAACAGCGGACAUAUGGAGUGAUCAUUCAUUUCAGACGGAUCCAGAUUUGCCACCUGGAUGGAAAAAAAUCUGUGAUAUCGCCGGAAUCUAUUAUUGGCACAUACCAACGGGAACAACUCAGUGGGAACGGCCUGUGUCCAUCCCAGCAGAUCUUCAGGGUUCUAGAAAAGGGUCCCUUAGUUCUGUAACUCCAUCUCCUACCCCAGAGAAUGAGAAACAGCCAUGGAGUGAUUUUGCUGUUCUGAAUGGGGGAAAGAUUAAUAGUGACAUUUGGAAGGAUUUGCAUGCAGCCACAGUUAACCCAGACCCCAGUUUAAAAGAGUUUGAAGGAGCGACCUUACGCUAUGCAUCUUUGAAACUCAGACAUGCCCCGCAGGCUGACGAGGAGGACUCGUGUAGCAUCAACAGUGACCCAGAAGCCAAGUGCUUUGCUGUCCGCUCUCUGGGAUGGGUAGAAAUGGCAGAAGAGGACCUGGCCCCCGGUAAGAGCAGCGUGGCCGUGAAUAACUGCAUCCGACAGCUUUCGUACUGCAAAAAUGACAUCCGAGACACAGUCGGCAUUUGGGGAGAGGGGAAAGACAUGUAUCUCAUUCUGGAGAAUGACAUGCUAAAUCUGGUUGAUCCCAUGGACCGCACUGUCCUUCAUUCUCAACCCAUCGUGAGCAUCCGUGUAUGGGGCGUGGGCCGAGACAAUGGCCGAGAGAGAGAUUUUGCUUAUGUAGCGAGAGAUAAAGACACCAGGAUUUUGAAAUGUCACGUCUUCCGAUGUGAUACGCCAGCCAAGGCCAUCGCCACGAGUCUCCACGAAAUCUGUUCUAAGAUUAUGGCCGAACGGAAGAAUGCCAAAGCUGUCGCCUGCAGCUCGUUACAGGAAAGAACCAAUGGGAAUCUCGAUGUUCCCUUGCAAGUAGAUUUUCCAACACCAAAGACUGAACUGGUACAGAAGUUCCAUGUGCAGUACUUGGGCAUGCUACCUGUAGAUAAACCAGUAGGUAUGGAUACCUUGAAUAAUGCCAUAGAAAGUCUGACAAGCUCAUCGAACAAAGAAGAUUGGCUGCCAGUUACCAUGAAUGUUGCAGAUGCGACUGUGACUGUCAUCAGUGAAAAGAAUGAAGAGGAAAUUCUGGUGGAGUGCCGUGUUCGAUUCUUGUCUUUCAUGGGAGUUGGCAAGGACGUUCAUACUUUUGCCUUCAUCAUGGACACAGGGAAUCAGCGUUUUGAGUGCCAUGUCUUCUGGUGUGAGCCUAAUGCAGGCAAUGUAUCAGAAGCCGUACAAGCUGCAUGCAUGUUACGGUAUCAGAAAUGCUUGGUUGCCCGACCUCCUUCACAGAAAGUUCGGCCACCCCCUCCUCCAGCAGACUCGGUGACCAGAAGAGUCACAACCAACGUAAAACGAGGCGUCUUAUCUCUCAUUGACACUUUGAAACAGAAACGUCCUGUUACUGAAACGCCAUAACUGCACACAUGCAAGGGUUCUCUUACCUGAAGAGCUCGUAGCUACACACACUACAGAAACAUGAACUAUUUUGCCUUCCAUUCAAUUGCUUUGUCUUCAGAAAAUAAAACGAUGUUAGACAAGCAUGUUCUCUCGUCCUUGCCACCACCAUGUGAUAUGAAAAGAAGCAUGAGUAAAUUGUGUUGCUGUAAGUGAGUUACACCAUGAGCGGUGGAAGGUCGGUACUGUAAAUAUUCUGACCGGGACCUAGGUUCACACACACACGAGAAGGUGACCACCCCCACCGCCGGGGGGGUCACUGUCUUUUUGAGCGGGAUUUGUCACAAGCAACUUUUAAGUCCUUCAGCACUUUGCCCUGUUUGCAACACUGGAGUAGAUACUACAUGAUAGUUAGCAUUGAAUUCCCGUAGAAUAGAAUAACAAGGAUUUUUGUUUGGUUUUGUUUCUUACAAAAUAACAUUUGUUGACGUUGGUCUAGAAACCACCUGACAGCUUUGUUUGACAUGCUUUUGAACCAUGGACACCCUUUCAUGUCGACUACUGUUUAUGUAUUAUGAUGUCAGAGGGAAGAGGGAAAUUAAGCUUGAAAAUUGUCAAAUUGCAUCAUUUUGAGGAGUCAAAAAAGUCAUCCUUUCAUUUUAGACAAGUAGUUUCAAACUAAAAAAUGAGAAGAGUACAAAGAAAGUAUGAUGCAUUUUGGGUGGGACGUAUUCCAAUACUCUGCCUUACAUUGAAUAAUGCAACCAGAGAAUGUUAGAAUGUUAGCAAUCUGCUGUAGCUCAGUAUAGUCAUUCUCUAGGUAAACACCAUAAAGUGAAAAAUACCAAUCUAUACCUUUCAUCCUUAAAAGUUUGAUCUUGAUCUCUUAUGCAAUACCAUUUACACAAUGUCAGUCACAUACAUUUAAAUUGGUCACUUAAUGACAUCUCUGCAUUAGCCAUUUUUUAGUUGAUAUUAGGUUGAGAUUUUGCACCUGGCUCUCAGUCUAGUUGAUAUUUUACUCUACCUGAGUUUGUCUUAUCACAUUUUUUCUUAAUAUCAAUAACAGAACAAGAUAUAUCGAUUUCCACUAACAGGUGCUUUCCCUCCAUUCUCUUGAUUUCAAUUGUUUUAAAAUUUACAAAAUCAAUUUAGAUCAAAGCAAAAUAAUGGAAGAUAGAAAACAAAUGGGCAGAAAAUAUGGGGAAAGCAUUCUAUCUAAAUAUGUGACUUAACAGGAAAAUCUAAAUUAUUGAGCUCAUUAUAUUAUCAAGGUCAUCUUUGUAUUUAAUUUUUCCCACUUCUUGUAACAUACCUAAAAUGUAACAAAACUAAAAAAUCAUUACCUCAUUUGAGCAUCAUUAACCUUGUGAGAUAAAGUUGGUGGCAGAUUGGGAGAAAAGACCCCUCUGAAUUCCAGUUAAGUUGUGACUUGCCUGAGGGUCAAGUUAGCGAGAGAGCCUGGACUCCAAUCCAGGUCUUCCUGACUCUCAUUUCUACUCUAUCAGGCUCCACACCAGUCAUGAGAGUCCUUUCAAAUGCCUGAGAGCAAAUGCAAAAAAAAAAAAAAAGAAUGGAAAAAUUCAUUUUCAGGCAAUCCUGGAAUUCUUAUAAACACACAGGGGGUGGGAAAUAUGUCUGGAUGAUGUUGAAUAUAUUCAUGCAAAAGAAUUCUCCCACCCCACAAAAAUGUGUACAACAGAAGCAGGAGUUACAUAGACCACACCUAUCAGGAAUAUUUCUGUGUGACUUAGUGAACUGAAGUUGGUAGAACUUCUGUUUACCACAUUCUGACUAGUUUUUAAGGCAACUAGUGGUUGGUCUCCUAAUGUCAGGCAUUAAUGUAACUCUGGAAAUGGGCUUCUAAAUCCUCAACUAAUGGAACCUGAUGAGUUCCAGGGUCACUGUUACACUUAAUAUUCUCACCUCUACUGGUAUCUAUCCCCUGAAAUAGCCAGUGCAUCUGGAAGUAAAUGUUAAAUUAUGAAAUCUCUGAAGUUCCUGUUUAAAAUUCCACCCAGAAGUCUACAUUCCAUCUUGGUGAUUUCCAAGGUAAAAUGACUAAAACAAUAAAAAUAAAAAUCAAGCCACUUUCAUUUAGAAAAAUUCCAUCAGAACCAAGAGUUCAUUUUUAUUUUUCAAGCUAUUUGUUUUGUUGUCAGGAUCAAGAACACUGAGCUAGCUUUGAGCAACAAAUUUAUAUAUAUAUGCAUAUAUAUAUAGAUAGAUAUAUAUAUGCAAUUAUAGGAAGCAUUAAGACAAAUAGACAUGACAUAUGAAAACAUAUUUGCAGAUAUUUUGCUUUUAAAAUAACUUUGCAUAUUUACCUAAAUGCUAAUUAAUUUUAUAAAACUGAUUAUUUUAAACAGUAUGUUCAGACACUUUCUGCCAUGGCCAAAAAGUAUGUAUGAAGUGUAUGUGUGCGUGUGCUUGUACCUGCGAGUGUGAGAUCGAGAGAGAGGGAGAAUACCAAUGUGUUUACCCAAUGUUGUAGUGACACUUCAGUUAUCUAUGCAUUCUUUCUAUCUAGUGAUUCUGUAAGCAGGCAGCCAUGUGCACUAUUGCCUUGUAUGUCUUGUGUCAUUUUUGAAUUAACCUGUUAAAUACAGCUUAAAAUAUUUUUAUUUUAUUUAUUCUAUUUUUACUGAAAUAUACUGCAUUAUUAUGUUAUAAUUAUCUUUACUGGACAUUAUUUCACAAUGUAUCCAGUUCUAAGUAAUCUCCGUGUAUUAUAGGUUACCUAAAAGGUGGUUUUGUAAUGAUUUGUAGUCAUAUUUUUAUUGGAGUAUGUAGAAGAAAUGGCAAAAUGUGUAAAGUUCAUUUCUUUUAUUUUUUAAAAAGCAAUUAGAAAGAUAGAUGCAGACAUACCACCUCAUAAUAUGCUCCUUGAGAACAAGGAAAAUGUAGCCAACACCGUCUAGCUUAAGCUUUUACUUUGCAGACUGAAACAUUAAGUUGUACUUUUUAAUAUCCUUUAAAAUACUUGCUGUUUCAUUUAUUAUUGUAUACAUACCCCCCUUCGCCCCACUUUCAUAUAAGGCCAUCUACAACUAAUUAGAAUACUAUUUUAAAAUGCAUGAUGGGUUAUCAAUCCCACUUCCAUUAAAAUGAGUUCUUAGAUGAUAAACUGUGGGCACAGCAACCUAGAGCUUAAAAAAAAACUCCCCUCUUUUCCAUUUUGAAAAUGAAAAGUUCUAAGCCUGCACGAACUUGCUACAAACCCUAAUUCUUUCUUCUUUUCCUGUGUAGCAACAAAAUGUUUCUUUUGCCUUUUUCGAAGAUCUGAGUUCAGCUUUAAUGUUAAAAAUAUUAUUUUUAGUUCUGUGUUCAAUAAGCUUAGUUAUCUUAAUAUGUGGCUCAAACACAUGCUUUACAAUCAGCAAAAGGAAAUUGGAGUUUGGCGGAAGGAUACUUGCUCCAGGUUUAUCAUGUCAAAGAGCUCAGUUCUAAUCAAAGCAGCUUAUUCCAAAAAGAAACUUUUGUUUUCCUUUAUUUUUCCUUUUGCUGUUGACCACUUUUACACAUUUAAAUGUAAUUUGUUGUGAGAAUAAACUUAGCUGCAUAAAA